AAAAGAUAAAAAGAACACAAACGGAACUGUUGUUUUCUCUACCAAUCUUACUGACCGUACAGUUCCAAAACCCAAAAAUGACCCAAAAAUCCUUUAAAAAUAUUAAAAAAAUAAAGCCACUUUAAAUUAAUUUUGGGGUUAUUGUUUCCCAGCCGUUGAAUGUUACUUCCCAAAAAACUUUCUCUACCAUUUUAAUUUUGGAUAAUUUACUAUAUUUUGUUUCUUUCUUUUUUUCUUUGUCUGAAUUUAAUAUUAUGGGGAAGAGAAAGAGAAGUUCCCAACCUAACAAUCUCGACCUUCCUUCUUCUUCGGACGACAUGCCGUGCUCUUCAGGAACAGAAUUAUUAUCCAAAAAGCAAUCUUUGAAUUUGGAUGCUGGCGUGGAUGUUGGAGAUAAUUCUGUGAAGCUGCUUAAUUCCAACUCUUCUGUUGCUAAUCGCCAGUACAAUCUUGGGCGCUCCAUAUUUCUAAAACGAUCACGCCAUUACUAUGGCCAUCACUACUCACGCCGGAAUUCUGGCAGCCUUGCUAAUGCAUCAACUUCUCAUGGCAAGUUUAGUCCUUUACAUGAUGACAGAUUACCCUUCAAGUUUGAGCACUACAGCCCAGAGUCUGGACGCCAUGGAGAGGGUAGGGAAAAAGCAUUUAGCAGACCAGAGCGAAUAAUGUCUAGUUCGUUGGUGAUGGAUGCAGUAUCACUUGACAAGGUGAAGAUUGUUUGUGGCAUAUGUCAGAAGCAUUUGAAACGGAAACCUUAUUUACUUGGAAAUGCACUGGCUUCUGGUGAAUUCUCUGUCGUGGCAGUUCUAGUUUGUGGGCAUGUAUAUCAUGCAGAUUGUUUGGAAGAGAGAACAAGCCUUGAGGAUAGGCGUGACCCGCCAUGUCCUUUAUGUUCGGGUUCACUAUCACAAGUUUGAUGCUUCUAGCAGAAAGGAGUGAUUGUACAGAGGUGGGCACAUUUAGCAUACUAAUUUUCUAGAAGAAAUAUGGCAUACUUAAUAAGGGCAUAAAAUGCAGGCGGUUUGUUGUGAUCUAAGCUGAAGAUUUACAGAUUAGGAUCUUAACCAUGCAUUAUAUUGCAAGUAUUACAGCCACUUGAGAGCCAUGAAGGCUCGAAAAUGCUCUGCCUGUAUCUUAAACCAUUUUUACUUGGCAGGCAAGGAGCAGCACUUCUCGCUAUUCUUAGUUUGGGUUAUCAUAAAAAUUAUGCAUUAUUUUCAA